UUUAAAACAUAAAAUUAUGGCUGAAGAAAUUAAGGAAUUUCUUAAAAAGAAGGACUAUUAUGAAAUACUCGGAGUGUAAAAAUCAGCCACUGACGAUGAGCUUAAGAAAGCUUAUAGAAAACUAGCUUUGAAAUUCCACCCUGACAAAAACUAACAUGAAGGAGCCCAAGAAGCUUUCAAACGUGUAGCAUAAGCAUAUAAUUGUCUUUCGAAUCCUGAUAAAAAGAGGGUUUAUGAUCAAUACGGAACAGAAAGACCAGAAAUACAACGCCAACAACACUAUUAAGAUCAAAAUGGAUAUUAUUACGAAUAAUUUAAUGGUGAUGACUUUGCAAAUGUAUCAAUAUAAUAAUAAAGAUUAGGAAAUUUUUAGGGCAUUCUUUGGUAAUUAAAGACCUCGCAAUUCAAAUAGACAGCCAAAUAAUGGAUAAGGCAACAUGUAAUUACUUUAAUUACUUCCGAUUAUAAUGCUGAUUCUAUUAUCUUCAUCAGGAUUUUUGAAUUUGUUUUAGUCAGCUCCUUUGUAUUCAUUUUAAAGGUCAUAUGAUUACCCGACUGCUUAAACAACAAGAACGCUAUAAGUAACAUUUAUUAUAAAACAAAGGUUAAAUAUUAUGUAGGCUCUAAUUUCAAAGAAGAAGUCUCAACUAAAGAAAAACUCAGAGAACUUGAAUUAGAAAUUGAAUAGCAUUAUGUAAAUUAGCUAAAACGGGAUUGCAACAAUGCGUUUUAGAAAAAGCAAAUGUAUGAAAGCUAUGCAAACAGAGCGUUCUAUCAGCGAGAUCGUGAUUAAUAUAGAAAUGCAAUUAGAAGAUUAGACUUUUCAUCUUGUGAAAAAUUAGAAGAGCAUCGCAAAACUAUUCUUAGAUUUGAUCAAUUAUAUUGA